AUGACAACUGGCACUUGCGGAUCCAAGCGGGAUGCAAAAGCCCCCCAGGUUAUUGACUGUAAUGGAGCACAUUUACGGGACUUAAGCGAGAUAUCUCGGUUUAUAACAUGGGAGACGAUCAGAGUAAACAUAGUGAACAGCGGACCAAUUGACCUUCCUUAUACACUUUUCGGCGAUGUGAAUGCUGACCUAAGUCACCUGAAAUAUCUCAAUUUAUCGGGCAAUGGGAUAUCACAGGUGGAUAAACUUGCAUUAAGUGCAUUGCGUAAUUUGACGGUAAUCGAUCUAUCGAACAAUCCAUUCGGCUGUGCCGGGGAAGCCUUCGCUGGAAGUACAAGUCUGCAGCAGCUGUAUCUGCGGAACACCAGCAGAGAAGAUGUCCCAUGUAAGGCUGGAGACAUUAUACCGCAUGAAAAUGUUAAAAGACUGGAAGUUCUUGACAUCGGCAUGAACAAUCUAUUUGAGACUGAUGAAAACUUCACCAUUUUUCUUAGAGACAAAGCAUUCAACAUCAAGAUUUUCAAUCUCUCCUACAACCUGUUUGAGAACCUAAUCCCUGACAUCAUGUACAUGGGAAAUGUCCAACACCUAGAUCUGUCACAUAACAAAAUACAAGCACUUGACGACAAAGAUGUUGAGAGCUUAGAUCAUCUCGUAAACCUGAACUAUCUGAUGUUAGCUGGUAACCCCUGGACCUGUGACUGUGGCUUGGCAGUUUUUGCAGACUGGCUUAACACAACUGACACACCUGUCGAUGUGGACCAGAUCACUUGUUAUGGGUUUACAGGAUCCCAAGUCGUUCAGCUCAGCGAGACCUCCCUGUGUGAAGAGCCGCAAGUGGUUGUCUGUUAUGGACCGGGUGGGCCUAUUCGGGUAGCCAGAUCGACGCUGUACAUAAUUGUCUUGGCUGUGCCUAUCUGCAUCAUCGCCAUCAUUGUGACGGCUGUGAUCUGCUGCAGACACCGCUGUGCACACCGUCAAAAAAGGAAGCCAACGGGGGGACAAUCUCACUACAUUCCCAACAACCCAAAAGAGCCAGCGUACAACAGAAUGGUUUAA